AUGGCUUCUGAAGAUGAGGUAGACUACAAGGCCCUCUUUCUGCAGGCAGAGGAGCGAGCAACACGAGAAAGAGAGCAACGACAACAGGCGGAGAAGCGACAACAGGAGGCAGAGAAGCGACAACAGGAGGCAGAGACGCGAGCAACACAAGAAAGAGAGCAACGACUCAAGGCGGAGGAGCGACAACAGGAGGCGGAGGAGCUUAACCAGCCUACAUCAUUUAACGAGUUUAUCCAAUCAUGCCAUAACCUCCUCUCUCUGUCUAUAAGGGUUCAACAUCCAGCCUUCUCUACAAAGGGGUCAAUCGGCAAGCCAGUUGGGAAAUUAUAUCCAGUCUACCUUCGGCACUGGACGGACUGCUCAAAUACUCAGGAUAGAUUUUACCGCGACGUCCUUAGCUAUUUCCAACCAAGUGAGAGGCUAUUUCCUCCCAAGAUUGAACUCGAGGGAAUUGCACGGAGAUGCCGCCGGCGGCUAUUAAGUAGUGAGGCGGAUCUAGGAUUUCACGAGCAACUUGCAGUAGAACAACAUGUCCAGGAUAUUAUUACAGCAUUAUGCAGGAAGCCGGAGGCUCGGGUUAGCUUUACUCUUGGAGAGGGAGUCAUGUUUGAGAAUCAUACGAAUAUUAUUGAAGAGGACAACGAUAAUAUAAGUGUGAUAGAUGGACGGCGCUCUAUACCAGACCAGUUCUGUAUCCAUCGACGAGAGAAUGGCAUCCUUAGAUUACUUACUACCGUUGAGUAUAAGCCGCCGCACAAGUUACCAGUCGAGUAUCUACGCACUGGUCUCCGUCCUAUGAAUCUUUGGAAGGAAGUAAUCAAGCGAGACCCCCCAAAGGACGAAGAGGCAAAGUUAAUAUAUAACGCGGAACAGAUAACAGCAUCUGUCUUAGUUCAGGAGUUCGAUGUGAUGAUUAGGGAAGGCCUAGAGUAUUCCUAUAUUACUAACGGAUUAGCCUAUAUUCUCCUACGUAUAGAUCGCGAUGACCCUACAACACUCUACUACCACCUCUGCGAGCCUAAUAUGGAAAUUAGCCCCGAGGAGACACAGAUUUUACAGCCAAAAACCUCUAUUGCCCGGGUACUCUGUCUUUGCCUGAUGAGCUGCACCUCACAACCCCGGGAUCAGAACUGGCGAAACCAAUGGAUAGAGAAACUGGACACUUGGGAGACAAGCCUUGACUAUGAAAGAUCGCAGAUACCCGACGAGGAACUCCGCCGAACUCCUCCGGGCUCAGAGUAUAUACCAUCCUCUCCUGUUUCAAGCCCUCCUAUGGCAGGAGAUCGACCUAUUACUCGUUCCCGGGCCAGCUGUACACCCCAAAGCCUAACAGGGCUUACUGACUCUGACUCUGGCCCCAACUCUGAUUCCGAGCAACCGACCCCCGGGCGGAAACGGAACUUAAGUGAGCUCACAGCGUCACCACCUAAUCGACGACAGUCGCGCCAGAGAGAAGACGGGAGAAGUCAGGGGAAUCAUAGACAACACACGGAGGCAUUUUGUACACAGAAAUGUUUGCUCGGCCUUCAUCGGGGAGGUAAUCUAGAUGAAGGGUGCCCGAACGUGGAGAGUCAUAGAUCAAGAAACGGUAGCGAUAAGCACCCUAUUGACGCAGAGCAUCUAGUGGGCUUAAUCAACCAACAGUUGGAUAAAGACCUAGAUCAAAACUGCACGCCCUUUGGUAAGUGUGGUUCGUACGGGGCGCCGUUCAAGAUUACCUGUCACCAAUAUGGUUAUACGGUAGUUGGGAAGGGUACGACAUCCCGCCGCUGGGGCGAGGUGCAACGAGAAGCAGUGGUAUAUCGCUUUCUCCACCGGGCCCAAGGCUCUGCGGUCCCUGUAUUCCUUGGCUGCGUCAACCUGAGAAUGACGUACUAUCUCCACGGCGCAGGGCCUAUUAAACAUAUGUUGCUUAUGGGCUGGGGCGGAGAGGAUACUAGUACAAUUGAGGGUUCCCAAAAGCUAGACAGUGAAAUUAAGCGGUCAGAGAAGGAGAUCCGCACCAUGGGGGUUAACCAUUUGGACUUGAAGCCUAACAAUAUCCUUUGGAAUGCAGAGUUAGGACGGGCCUUGAUAAUUGAUUUCCACCGCUCUAGGUUGAUCGUCUCUCCAAGACACAGAAUAUCCAAGAAGCGAUUGGCCGCCCUGGAUGGAGUAGAAGAUGGGAGGAAGAGAACGGGGAAGAGAGGCAAGGUCUUUUAG